GAUAAACCGUUCGUUAUCUUGGCGAAUUUGUCGUUUUCCCGCCAUUGGGACUGUUUGUGAUAACGUAGUUAUCAUCAUCACGUCUUAUCAUACCUUAUUAGCGCACGUUGUCGUUCGCCAUGGAGACGAUUUCAAAAACAAUAAUGCACAAACAACACAACAAUUAGGGCCGCUCACUUAAUUAUUCUUUUAGCUUAGCUGUUGUUUUAUUGUGCCGUCAAUUACGCCCUACCCUACCGGUAUACUGUGAAUUUAAUUUAAAUAUUAAUUUAAAACGGAAGGUUAGCCAGUGCAACAUGGAAGAUAACGAUCUAGAAGUAACCGAUUUUUGUAUAGAAACACCAGAACCGCACGAAACGCCAAACGCCGCGUUGGAUUUGGGCAUGAGUCCGGCCAGCAUGUUGGGUAGUCGGCGUCCAUCCAUCGACGGUAUGUCAAGUACGUGUACAUCACAAUCGGAAGUGCGCUCGUUCAAAGACCGUCUUCGAGAACACGUCAAUCAAGUCAAAGAGCGUGCUUCAAGUGCAGUUGUCGAACAUGCCAAAACCAAAGUCCAACACAAUAUCAAACAACCAGCAGAACGUUUUGCUCAAAUGAUGAGUUCUGAAAAUCAAGCAGUUCAAGUUGCUUUAGAAAAACAUAAUAAAGAUAAACAAAACCAGAAUUUGGUGUUCGGCGAAGCAAAUCAGCUUGACAGUGAAACGGAAAGUUAUGAUUUUUUUACAAAAGUAUGGGACACUCCGACUACAUUACAAGAUGUCAAUAACCAAUCGGCUGAGUUUUGUGAGCCUGAAAUUUCCAAUCCUAAUGAGGAAAACAAAAAACUAGUGACUGCAGAUUAUUUAGGUUUGACCGACGGAGAAGAUGACGAAGUUUUAGACUAUGCUAUAUUGCCAUUUAUGGAUACUUCGGUGAAUAUAAAAGAAGCAGCCAAGAAAAUAUAUUUCAUCCCAGACGGAUCACCAGUGAAUCUUGAAAAACGUUUAAACCAUAGACAACCACGAUAUCCAGAAAAAGAAGGGCUAUACGUGGGUACUUAUCCUCCGGUUUAUGAAAAAUGUCUCAACAAACUGCAGCAAAGACUUAUAAAAGCUGAAGAGUUUCAUUGGUUCGGCGAAGACGGCGAACCUAUUAGAUUACCCGAUCCCUUAACAAACCCGUCUGUUUGUCAGAUUCCCGAAACAUUCAGCAGUAAUGGAUUUUUAGAGCUAAACUAUACAAAUGCCAUGCCUUACAAAAAUCCGUACAGCUACAAUCCACUUUCGCACGACCCAAAUGAAUUGAAAUUUGUUUUGGAAUUAGAAGUGUCCACAAUUCAUUUUAGUCAUCAUGCACUUUUCAGUCGUCAACACAUUCUUGAUAAACGACUUUUACAACUGUAUCAAAAGUAUGAAUAUCGCCAAGAAAUUGCUAGAACAAAAAUUUUGUCUGGUAGAUUGGACGCCUUGAGAAACGCUAGAGACACUCUGUUAAAAGUCAUAGCAGAAGAGAAGGACGAUGAGUUAUUAGAAAUUCACAAAAAUCGAUUAAUGAGAUAUAAAACUGAAAUCAAAGAAACUUGUUCUCAGCGUUUGCUGGAAGGUAAAGUAGACCGUUCAUUGAUAUCAAACAUUUUAGCCACAUGGAGGGACUUGAAGAAGUUAAGAGAAAGACAAGAGUAUACUGUUACUAACAGUAAAUUGGAGAUAAUUGUCGAAAACAGCGAUAAUACUGAAGAAUGGGAAACUGAAUUUAACAAACAAGUUGAAGAGACCAUCGAAGAAAUGAAGGAAAACAACAUGGAAGUCAAUAUUCCUAAUGUUCGAGAUCAAGUAUUCAAAAAACUUUCAGAAUCUAUUCGGUCACCUGGCGACCCUUUUAUAAGUUUUAUGAUGACUAAAAUUGAAUCAACGUCAGAUGAUUUAUUAACUGCCAAAGAUGAACUCCAGAGGAGGUCUGCAUUGACGAAGUGUUCAUUAUGGUUUGACGUUAUAUUCAACGGCCAUGUUGUAUGUGAAUCUGCCAAGGUACCUAUGAACAAUACUUUUAGCGUCGACUUCAACCAACAAUUUGUUGUCGAAGUCCAUCAGUGGCCAGAAACUUUGUCUUUGCACAUACACACUGGAAACUUGAGUUCGAAAACUGUGUUUACCAAAGAUCCCAUCACAGAGCUUUACGUUCCAUUCCCAACUAGCAACACCACGUUAGACGUUGUGAACAAUGAAAAAUUGGAGUUUAGUUGUUUUGGAAGCCAGAGUGUUCAAAACGCUGGCGUUGGUAGCGGCACAGAUUUUAAAAUAUUUCCUGAGGACACGGAGUCACUAUGCUUGUAUACGUCUGGCGAAGUUAUGUGUAAAGUUGGGUGGGGAAAAUUUGGAGAUAAAAUAUUAUGUCCACCAGAAGAGUAUUUCAAUAAAUUGUAUUCGUCGAUGUCUAACAGUGUGUUACCGGCUAAAACGGAAAAAUUAUUGAACUGGAUGAACGAUUUGCAUCCAGACCCCAACGACCCAAACAACGCUUUGUUUUUCGAUGCUCUUAAAAGCAUUGAUGAAGAAACUGUAUGUAACAUGAACUCGAAAUUCAGAUUUAACGUUUACAAAAAACUGUUAGAAUUUUGUACGGACGAAGAGUUAGUAUCAAAUCCGAGACUAAAAUUAUUGAAACUCCGUGAUCGUGGAGAAAUUGAAUUUCGGUCAAUAAAAGCAGUUCCACUAAAAGAAUGGGUUAUUCCAAAAGAUAUAUUUAAUGAGUUUGAAAACCGCUCAUCAACGUCCGAAUUAGCUUUAGAAGUUGCUGGUUUAGGACCUUUAGAAACGAGUCGAAUUUGGGGUCGCUAUUCGGUAAUUAGACUAUACGACAAGAUUCUCAAACAAUGUAAACUCGGAAACCGAAAUAAAAUCACAAGGGACAUCAUAGUCGAAGAUAAUGUACCAGAUAUAGGAACUCUGGGCUUGACUUUUAUGAAAAUGUUCCAACCCAAGCGUCCGUUGCGCCCAAGAAGGAAAGAAAGGAAAAAGAUUCCAGUGAAAAGUCUAUCCGGACAAGAAAUAAAAGUUACAGUUAACGUUAUGAGAGCUUUUGAAGUACCCGUGCGAAAAAAUUCUGAUUUAAUGAUAGGAGAUUUGGCGAUGGUUCCAGUUCAACCAUUCGUCGAGAUGUCAUUUAAAAAUCAAACAAGUAGAACAACUACAGCCGAAGGAUCGAAUCCAACAUGGAAUCAAGAUCUGAAGCUUACAGUAAGAUCGAAUUCGGUCGACUUUUGUCCAAACGAAGUUCAAUCGAUUGACGAUUGUAUACACAUCAAUAUUUAUGAUGAAAUAGUUGUGGACAUUUUAGAAGACGAAAGAGCACGAGAAACAAACAUUCAUCAGCGAUUGGAAAGACACUGGUUGGGAGGUUGUGUCAUACCGAUUUCUGCAUUGUUCAAUAGUCCUCAGAUUGAAGGUGUGUUCCAAAUGAAUACGCCGAGGCACCUCUUAGGUUAUGAGAGACACAUUUCAAAUUCAGAAAGUUCUCACUACAGGAAUUCGACAUUUUUAAGUUUAUUCAUAAUGGCUCAACCACCAUUGCAUCCUCCUGAACCUAUUAAGGAAAAAUUAGAUUGCAACGAAACGCCAAACUUUGAACGGUAUUUGGAGUAUUGGUCGGCCGAAGGUAAGAAACAGUGGCCUCAUCGCAAAGUAAAAACUCUUGUGAUACAUUGUAGUGGCAAAACUGUUUGUGUGACGAGAUUUUUCAGAUCUUUACCUCUACCCAACAUAUCGGAAGAUGUUCAAAUAACUGCUGAAAUGGCUGCUAGAUUUGUUUCCCUUAUACCUAUCGUUAACAGUAACGUCUUGCUUAUGGGUCACUUCGAUGUAUGGUUAACUGGAGAUCAACUUUUGGGCCUCCUUUACGGUGGAGGCUCCGGUGUUGAUCACGGCAUUCUUCUUUGCUGUUAUUUCAUGAAACUCAAUAUCAAAGUAUGGCUCGUACUGGGAACCGGCAUCUGUGGAGGUGACGCUGCCUACGUUUUGACAUUGUACUCACUGCCAGAUCACACGACUGUGCACUGUAUUUGGGAUCCACUUACUGGACAAAAGUAUUCUACCGGUGAUAGUUUUUCACCGUUGCAAGAAGUUUACUGUUUAAUAAACGAUGAAAAUAUAUGGUUGAACGUUCAACUUGAGAAAUCAGUGCCCAGGACUAGAUGGGACGUAACGCAAAACAAGGACUGGAAUGCCGCUUUUGGUAGAUUUCAAGCUGCACCUACCGUUAGCGGUUCGGUUCAGCCGCCCACAAUUGAUUACAUGCCAGCAGCCAUCGCCGACGCUCGUUUGUUGCAAGAAAAACUGGAGAACACCUUGAGGAACGUUCUGAUGAAAUGGAGAAUGAAAUCCAGAACUAUAUGGAAUAGAUACUGCAUUACAGUGCUCAGGAAAAUCUUACCUCAUUUGGAAAAAGAGACUUGGAGCAAAAAUAAUUUAGAUACCGCAUACCUCGAAGAGUUGCAACAUCUACUUGUGUCCCAUAAGAUGUGUGGGUUUCCAAUAAACAGGCCUUACAGCAGUACGGAAAAUUUAAUUGAAUCGAUUAAAGCAACAGGAUUACACUUGAAUGAAAACCCACAAGUUGAAUUUGCAUUGGCGGUCUACAUACAUCCGUAUCCCAAUCAGGUGCUGUCCGUAUGGAUUUAUUUGGCAUCAUUACAACCGAGACGUUAAUCCAAAAGACUAGCUUUGGGAACUUUUGCUAAUGUUGAGAAUAUUUCUAAGAUUAAUACAUAUCGUCUAUUAAGAUACUUUAUAUUCAUGUUUAGUUUAUAUUUGUU